CGCCGCGGCGCCGCCCGGCACCAACUCGUCUGAAACUUGCGCGCAGCGGUGGGCGCAGCCGCCAAGGAUGGGGUGGUACGGCCGUUGCUCCGGGCGGUCGCCGUUGCUGCUGCUGCUGCUGUUGCUGCUGGCGGUGGCCGGCGCUGCCGCGGCCCCGCGCUCGGCGCUCUACUCGCCCUCCGACCCGCUGACGCUGCUGCGGGCGGACACGCUGCGCGGCGCCGUGCUGGGCUCCCGCAGCGCCUGGGCCGUGGAGUUCUUCGCCUCCUGGUGCGGCCACUGCAUCGCUUUCGCCCCGACGUGGAAGGCGCUGGCCGACGACGUCAAAGCCUGGAGGCCAGCGCUGAAUCUCGCUGCCCUGGACUGUGCUGAUGAGGCCAACACAGCAGUCUGCAGAGACUUCAACAUCCCUGGCUUUCCGACUGUGAGGUUCUUUAAGGCCUUUUCCAAGAGUGGCUCAGGAGCAACACUGUCGGUGGCUGGUGCUGAUGUGCAGGCACUGCGGGAGAGGCUCAUUGAUGCCCUGGAGUCCCAUAGUGACACAUGGCCCACUGCCUGUCCCCAGCUGGAGCCUGCCAGGCUGAAGGAGAUUAAUGGAUUCUUUGCAAGAAACAAUGAAGAGUACCUGGCCUUGAUCUUUGAAAAGGAAGGCUCCUACCUGGGUAGAGAGGUGACUCUGGACCUGUCUCAGCACCGAGGCAUAACAGUGCGCAGGGUCCUGAACACGGAGGGCGACGUGGUGAGCAAGUUUGGUGUCACCGACUUCCCAUCGUGCUACCUGCUAUUUCGGAAUGGCUCUGUCUCCCGGGUGCCUGUGCUGGUGGAAUCCAGGUCCUUCUACACUGCUUACCUGCAGAAGUUCUCUGGGGCCACCAGGGUGGCUGCCCAGACCUCGGUUGCACCAACCACUGCUCAUACGAUAGCUCCCACCGUGUGGAAAGUUGCAGAUCGCUCCAAGAUCUACAUGGCUGACCUGGAAUCUGCACUGCACUACAUCCUACGGGUAGAAGUGGGCAAGUUCUCCAUGCUGGAGGGGCACCGCCUGGUGGCCCUGAGAAAGUUUAUGGCAGUGCUGGCCCAGUACUUCCCCGGCCAGCCCCUAACCCAGAACUUCCUGCACUCCAUGAAUGACUGGCUCAAGAGGCAGCAGAAAAAGAAAAUUCCCUACAAUUUAUUUAAAAAUGCCUUGGACAACAGGAAGGAGGGCGCAAUGAUUGCCAAGAAGGUGAACUGGGUCGGCUGCCAGGGGAGCGAGCCACAUUUCCGAGGCUUUCCCUGCUCCCUCUGGAUCCUCUUCCACUUCCUGACCGUGCAGGCAGCUCGGCAAAAUGUCGACCGCUCACAAGAAACAGCCAAGGCCCAAGAGGUGCUGCAGGCCAUCCGCAGCUACGUUCGCUUCUUCUUUGGCUGCCGAGAGUGCGCUGGCCACUUUGAGCGGAUGGCUGCUGCCUCCAUGAACCGGGUGAAGAAUCCGAACAGCGCAGUCCUCUGGUUCUGGUCCAGCCACAACAAGGUCAACGCUCGCCUCGCAGGUGCCCCCAGUGAGGACCCCCAGUUCCCCAAGGUGCAGUGGCCGCCCCAUGAGCUCUGUUCUGCCUGCCACAAUGAACUCCGAGGUGCGCCUGUGUGGGACCUGGGCAACACCCUCAGCUUCUUGAAGACCCACUUCUCCCCGAGCAACAUCGUCCUGGACCUUCCUUCAGCUGUGCCAGGCCCCCGGAGAGGUGCUCGGAGGAUGGCGGCCGCCCCGAAGCCGGGGGAGCUGGAGCUGGCGGCCAGAAAUUUUACUCUGGGCCCUGAGAAGGCUGAGAUCAUGGUGGGCCCCGGGACAAAGUCCCCCGGAACCCUCGUCCCAGAUGUUCCAGUGGAGAGACUUGGGGAGAGUCGCCCCCAGGAGAUGCACACCGGCCUCGGUGUGACCACAGCUGGGCCAGACCAGGGACCUCCUGAGCGCACAGCAGAGCUUCAGAGGGAUAAGUUGAAGCAGCCAAAAGGGCAGCAACACUUGACCAAGCGAGACACAGGGGCUGAGCUGCUGGCUGAGUUCCUGGCUGAGAAGCACCUCCCCCGAGGCCCUUCAGAGCUGAGGCGAGUGGGCCGCAGCUCCAAGCAGCUGGCCAGCGUCCCUGAGGGGGAGCCAGAGGCUGGGGCUGUGCGGGGCCGAGGCCAGUGGCUACAGGUGCUGGAAAGGGACUUCUCCCACCUGGACAUCAGCCUCUGUGUGGUGCUCUACUCCCUGUCCUUCAUGGGCCUGCUGGCCGUGUACACCUACUUCCGGGCCAGGAUGAGGGCCCUGAAGGGCCACGCUAGUCAUCUCGCAGCCUGAACCGUCCAACUGGGAGGGGGGCAGCAGAGGGAGCUGCCAUCCAUGGGGCUCCUCCAGCCCCCCGCCCGCCCUCCCCCUCUGCCCCCGCCCCCCUCCACUUCCCCCUACUGCCCCCCUUCCACCCCCACUGCCUCAUCCCUCUCCUACUUUGUCGGGGGAAAUCCAGGAAAAACCCUUGCUCCAGUGAACCUUCUUGGGCCUUCUGGGAAGGAGUAUUCCAUAGACACAAAGAUAUGCGCAGGGUCCAGGUUCAUGUGACAGCACGGGGUAGGGUGGGGGCAGCCUUGGGCAGUGGGGUUGGAAGGCUCAGUCCCUGGCCUCUCAGCACCAAAUGCCUCUUUUUCAGCUUAUUUGAAGUCCUGCCCCAUUCUCGCUGAAGCUUCAGUGUCUCUUGGUUGGUCUUGGCCCUAAACUGGGGCAAGUGGGGCCACAGUUUCCAAGGUUUCCCAUCCAGGGGAGGGUCCCCAGGGCUGGGUGGGCUGGAGUGAGUGGUACUCCUCACUACAUUCCAUCCGGCUCCCUUCUGGAUGCAAACAGGCCCCCCAUGGCCUGCCCAUCCUCCAGCCCCUCAGACCUCCCAGCUGGAGUUUGGCUUUAGGGUGGGGUCUAGAAGCUUCUGGAAGUCAUGCUGGUCUCCCGGGUGAGGGGUGAGGUUCGGGUCAGGGAUUGUGGGAGGAGAGCCUUGACUGGUUCCUUCCCCAAACCUCUGCUACAGGAAGAGCACAGGCUGGAGUUGGUCUUGGUGUGGGGGGUGCUCAGCUGGGUGGGUGAUGGUGACUGGGCUGGGGGUGAGUGGCUGGCGUGGUGGGACCUAAUGAAGGGAUAGUGUGGGACUUAGGGAGGGCUGUUGGGGUCUAUGGUGCCUUGGCUCAGGGCUUAGCUGUGAGGGGGAGAGUGAAGCCACAGGGAAAAGACGGUUGCUUCUAACAUGCUUGGGCUCCACGCCUCUGGCAGCGGAGUCUUUUGUCUUGAUUUUAGUCUCAAGAAUAGAUGCUAAUCUUUGAACGUGGGGCGUGCUGGGUUUAGGGGAGGAAGAUGAGUCUCAUCUCUCUCAAGGGCCCACCUCUCAUCAGGUAGAGGUUAAAAGGGUCAGAGGGGAGGGUGACACUGUGCACAUGCUUGAUUCCCACUCUACUCCACUGCUUGGGAGGGUUGUAGAAUAAAUUAUUUUUGUUAAGGCAA